CUUCGUUAAUAAGUGUGCGACCGACAAACACUAUUCUCCCGAUUCAGAUAUCUCGUCUCCCAGUUUAGUCAACAUCACCAGCAAGUCAGACUACAACCAGAUCCAUCAUACCACCUCGUAAACAACGAGGAACCCGCCGUCAUGAAGCUCGAUACGAAAGCCAUGCGGCAUCUCACAGCCGAGGAUUGGCGAGUCCUCACAGCCUGCGAAAUCGGCAGCCGCAACCACGAACUAAUCCCAACGCCCCUAAUCGAAUCCCUCUCCAAGCUUCGGGGCGGCGCAAGCCGCGUACACAAAUCAAUCUCAGCACUCGCCAAAGUCGGGCUCAUCGCGCGCGUCAAAGAAGCCAAGUACGACGGAUACCGCCUGACCUACGGCGGCGUCGACUACCUCGCGCUGCACACGUACGCCUCGCGCAAGGAGGUGUACAGCGUGGGGAACCGGAUCGGGGUGGGCAAGGAGAGCGAUAUCCUAGUAGUAGCGGACGAGACGGGGUCGCAGCGGGUCCUGAAGAUCCACCGACUGGGUCGGAUCUCCUUCCGCACCGUGAAGUCCAACCGGGACUACCUGCGCAAGCGGCAGGGCGGCAGUUGGAUGUACCUUUCACGACUAGCUGCCGAGAAGGAGUACGCAUUCAUGUGCGCGCUGCGGGAGGAAGGGUUUCCCGUUCCGAAGCCGUUGUCGCAGAGCCGGCACACCGUGCUCAUGGAGCUCAUCGACGCCUUCCCCCUCCGCCAAGUCUCGCAGAUCCCGGACCCCGCCGCCCUAUACGCCGAGUUAAUAUCCCUAAUCCUACGCCUAGCGCGGCACGGGUUGAUUCACGGUGACUUCAACGAAUUCAACAUCCUAAUCAAGGAGGAAUCAGAAAAGCCGGAACCCUCCGCCAAGGGCAAGGAAGUAGAGAAGGGGCCAGCGGAGGAGCAGCAAGAGAAGGAAAAGUCCACUGUGAUACCUAUCUUAAUCGAUUUUCCCCAGAUGGUAUCCAUGGACCACCAGAAUGCCGAAAUGUACUUUGAUCGCGACGUCAACUGUGUCAAGAGGUUCUUCGAGCGGCGCUUCCACUUCGUCGGCACACAGCCAGGGCCGUUCUUUAAAGAUGCCAAGAAGACGGUAGGAAAAGACGGGGCCAAGAGGCUCGAUGCUGCGGUCGAGGCAUCAGGCUUUUCAAAGAAGGCACUUAAGGACUUAGAGGCCGCCAUCAGGGAACAACAAGCGACGAGGGAACAGGCCGGUUCGGGAGGAGAAUACGACGCUUCAUCAACGAGUGAAGACGAGAAUGAAGAUGAAGACGAAGACGAAAACGACGAUGAAGAUACAGAAGCAGACGAGUCGAAUACUGUGGGUGAUGAUCAAGGAGCCAACGCCUCUAUAAUAGGCUUGAGUAAACUUUCAAUUGGAAAUGAGACGUGAUCACCGAAUAGCCACUUAAGAUGAGCUCAAUUGAUACCCCAUUCACACAAUGCCGUAUUUCAUAAAUAACGAUGUGCAUAGGUGUCAACCGCAUGCUCUAUCAUGCUGCCACACGUGUUCACUAAUCCUACCUACGAUCACAAACAGAAAAUUACUGUAAAAACAUUUUAGACACCAUGAUCUCAUAUUGAUGUCUCCCUAACUAACUGCAUUCGCCAAUUCUCUGCUGUGGGAUGGAAGAUUAAUGACGUAUGGGUAAAAAUGAGAAGGUAAAACUUGCCACAACCUGCCGUUGAUACACUUUUCCUUGUAUCGUACACUAUUAAGCGUUCUGAUGAUCGGGUGCGACAUACCAACUCGACUUUAGAAGUCAGAAAAAAGAAAGGGG